AUGUCCGACGUUGACACUCUUAUCCACCAGAUUACUGAUGACCCUACAGUUAUCGGCUAUGUUGUGCUCAAUUCGGACGGGAUUCCGGUUAAGCAACAUGAGCGAAUGCCCUAUGAGAAAGCGGUGAUGUAUGCGCAGCUGGUUUCUGAGUUCUAUAUAAAGGCGAAAGAUUGCAUGCGAGAUUUGUUACAGUCGGGGCCUCCUAGGGGAGCUGGGAUGGCGGCUAUUGGUUAUGCGGGAAGUAGCAACGACUCGGAGUUGACUAACUUCAGGAUGAGGACUAAGGAAGGGACGGAGAUUAUCGCUGUUGCUAAUACGGAGUAUAUUCUGAUUAACGAAGGAGCGAAAUUUCGAGGGUCUGUGGACUACUCGCGAGAAAUCGCGAAAAUUGACGACGUUGUGUUUGGAAGUCGCAAGAAGAUUGAGUUUGGUGGUGACACUUCUGGGGAGGUUGACACGGCGUGUGUGGUGGGCCAAAUGGGCGCGUUGAAGGGGUUCUUGCCGGUCGCCCCUACUAUGGUGAAAUCUCAUCUCGAGAGGUUUAUUGAGGCUCAGGAUAGGGAGAAAGGUUCUCUUCUGUCGAGUACGGUGUCACUGGAGCCCCGUAGUGGUGAUGGAAAAUUUACUAAAGUUGUAGUGCUGAAAGUUCCCGAGGAAUUUUCGAGAUUUACGAACUCGGCGAGAGCGGAUAAAGUGACGAAAAUGUUGGGCGAAAGUGGUAGUAUGUGCGGUGGGGGAACGACAAGGGUGUUUGCGGACGCUGAAAAAGAGGAGGAUUUGAUCGCGUGUGGCUUGGCAGUAGCUCGAGCGGCUCCUUUGUAUGGGGGGACUAGUGGGAAGGUCAGUACUACGUUGUGGAGUAAAAUGUGUGGUGAAAUUCCCAUUGGGAUGAGGGAAAAAAUUGCAAUUGUGGGAGAGAAUAUUCGAAGUGCGGCUGCUUUGGUGGAUCUGCCUCCAAAUUGCGUAAAUCCAAUUACGUUCGCGUCGGUGUGUGAGAAGAUAGCGUGUGAGCUGAAGAGGUCUGGGCAUGAUGUUAGAUGUGAAAUAAUCGAGGGCAAGCAACUUGGCGAGAAAAAAUUUGGGGGGAUCUGGAACGUGGGAAAGGGGUCUGCGGAGAGCCCACCGGUGUUGUUGAGACUUUCGUGGUAUCCCGACGGAGCGAAAGAAGGUGACUCGAGUACAGUGUUGGUGGGGAAGGGAGUGACCUUUGAUUCGGGCGGACUUUCACUGAAGAGCUCUGAGAAUAUGCGGGGAAUGAAAACGGAUAUGGGAGGUGCUGCUGGUUUAUUGGGAGCGUUCAUUUCUGCGGUUGAAUGUAAUGGAAAUAACGGCAAGCCUUUGCAUCUCGUCGAGUGCCUCGCUGAGAACGCCGUCGGGCCUUUUUCAUAUAGAGUUGAUGACGUUAUUUCGAUGUACUCUGGUCUCAGCGUAGAGAUCAACAACACUGAUGCUGAGGGACGGCUCCUACUUGCUGAUGGGGUGGCCUAUGCUGCUAGGCAUUUGAAUCCAGAGGUCGUUAUUGAUAUGGCAACUCUCACGGGCGCGUCGGGUUAUGCUACGGGCCAUCUGCACGCGGCGAUUGCCUCCAAUGAUGAGGAGUUGGAAAAGAGGGCGGUGGUUUCUGGGAGGAGGACGGGAGAUUUGGUUCAUCCGCUCAUUUUCUGUCCGGAACUACACAAAGAUCAAUUCAAAAGCGAAGUUGCUGAUCUCACGAAUUCAGUGAAAACGAGGACGGACGCGCCAGUGUCAGCAGCGGGUUGGUUUGUGUAUGAGAAUCUUAGAGCGGCUUGCGAGGGAGGAAGCGUGCCGUCGUUUUUGCAUAUCGAUAUGGCCUUCCCGGUUACGUGGAAAGAGGGUCGCGCUAGUGGAUAUGGCGUGGGCCUUGUUGCUGAUAUGCUUGGUGUUUUUGAUGAGUAA